CUCUUAAUCAGCCAGCAACUCCCCCCCCUCACGCGUCUUUUGCCUAAAUGUAUAUAUCUUACCUGCGAAUCUCAUCGUAAUCGCCUUCCUCGCGUCUCUUUCCCGAUUCAAUCCAAUUUUUUUAUUCGAUUCGAUUCCCUCCAUCGAAGAGAUCUCAAUCCCGAGGAAACAUCGUAAUUGGAGGAGUUAAUCAGGAUUCACCCCCAAUCAAUUCAUUCCUACGAUUGAUAAUUCGCUUUCGAGUCAUUUAGUAGUCUGCGGUAUGGGAAUCAUUGGUUAGUGAAUACAGACAGAGACGAGUGUUAGAGAGAAAUGAUGGCACACAAGGAUGAUGAUCACUCCUCCUCUUCUUGGUUUUGGUCAAGUGACGUUGAUGGUGUCAGCUGCAUUCAGCUCCACAAGUUCUGGAGUGAGUUGUCUACAAAAGCUAAGCAGAAGCUUCUGAGGAUAGACAGGCAAGCUCUGUUUGAGAAGGCGCGCAAGAACAUGUGCUGUUCUAGAUGCAAUGGCCUACUUCUCGAAUGCUUCUUGAUGAUUGUCUCAUCAUCAUCAUCGCAGCAGCAACAGCAGAGAGGAGGAUCGAAAGAUCAAAACAGCAACUCAGCUCUCAGCAGUAACGCAUUGCAAGACCCCGAUGCUCAUCAAUGGGGAGGCCUCACUGCCACGCGGGAUGAAUCACUCACGCUUCUUGACUGCUAUUUGUAUCCCAAAUCUUUCAAAGUGUUACAAACUGUGUUUGAAAGUGCGCUUGCUAGGGAGAGGGAACGUGAGUUGCUUUAUCCUGAUGCCUGUGGUGGGGAUGGCCGGGUUUGGAUUAGUCAAGGGAUGUCUGGAUAUGGUAAAGGUCAUGGAACUAGAGAAGCUUGUGCUUUGCAUACCAGAUGGCUCUCUUGCGAUACGUUAGCUGAAUUUUAUUCUGCUUUAGAAGACGAAAGCCGGCAGUCACUUUUCACUAUGAAAGAAGAGGAUUUCAUUGGAAGACUAACUUCCAGAUUUGACCGCAAGAAGUUCUGUAGAGACUGCAGAAAAAAUGUUAUCCGAGAGUUUAAAGCACUCAAGGAACUUAAACGAAUGCAAAUUAAACCACAAUGUACCGAAUGGUUUUGCGUUGCGGAUACAGCCUUUCAAUAUCAGGUGGGAAUUGAUUCCGUUAAAGCAGACUGGAGUCAGUAUUUUACAGAGAAUGCUGGAUAUUAUCAGUUCGAAUGGGCUAUUGGAACUGAAAAAGGCGAAUCUGAUAUCCUCGAUUUCAGACGAGUAGGCAGUAAUAGGAGUGCCCAAGUCAAUGGCCUAGAUCUUCAUGGAUUAAAAGAAUGCUACAUUACUCUUAGGGCAUUUAAAAAAAAAGGCCGCGCCUCGGAGAUAUCAGUCAAAGCCCAUGCAUUGGGAUGCCAACAAUGCGUUCAUUCUAGGCUUGUGGUUGGGGAUGGACUUGUUUCAAUUAGAAGUGGGAAAUGCAUCCGAAUGUUUUUUGAGCAUGCCGAAGAAAUUGAGGAAGAAGAGAGUGAAGUAGACAAAGAUGGGAAUGAGCUUGAUGGUGAGUGCUUCCGACCACAAAAGCACGCUAAGAGUCCAGAACUUGCUCGAGAGUUUCUUCUAGAUGCUGCAACGGUUAUUUUCAAGGAGCAGGUUGAAAAGGCAUUUAGGGAUGGUACAGCCCGUCAAAAUGCUCACAGUAUAUUUGUCUGCCUUUCAUCGAAACUAUUGGAGCAACGUGUUCAUGUUGCCUGCAAGGAAAUUACCACCUUAGAGAAGCAGACGAAGCUUCUUGAAGAAGAAGAAAAAGAAAAGCGUGAAGAAGAGGAGCGAAAAGAGCGGAAAAGAACAAAAGAAAGGGAGAAAAAACUUCGUAAAAAAGAGAGGUUGAAAGAAAAAGAACGAGAAAAAGAGCAGAAGGAUCCAAAGUUUAUUGAUAAAGAAGGAGAAAAACUAGCAGAAGAAGUCUCUAUGAAUCUUGAGGAGGAAUCAAACAAUACCAUAAACUGCGAGGACUCAGGAAUUGAAACUGGAGAUGUAGAAUUGUCCCCACUUGGUACUCCUGAUGAUCAAGAUGGAGAUUGUUUGAAUGGUUGCGUUACUCCAACAGCGGAGACCCACUAUUAUGAUAUCACCGAUAGAGAUCAUGAAAAUGGGUGCUGUACAAAUGAUAGCUCAAGACCUGUUCAGCAGACAGAAAGCAUAGGGAAAGAACAUCGGCCUGAUCAUGCUUUGAGGUGGUCAGAUACAAAUAGAUAUCCGGAGAAUGCUUCUUUUGUCCAUAUUGCUGAGUCAAGAUACUGUAACGAUAGCUUAGAACUUUCAUCAAGACAUCUUAACGGGUCAAAUAAAAAUAUGAGGGUGAUAGCUUCGAAGGCUGGUGGUAGACCAAACAGCAUUAGGUCUCAUCAGGGUUUUCAGCGUUCUGGCAACAGGAAUGGUGAGAGGUACGGUGACCGUUCUUGCAGUUACUGGGUAAAGGCAGAAUCUAAUAUAUCUGCAACUAGAGGUAUGCCAGAAAACAAAACAAUAUAUAAAUCAGACUCUGAUCUAAAUGUGAGAGAACCCAUGCAGCUGAAGCAUCCGCGAAACAGCUCACACUCUGACACACCACCAGUUACAUGUUCAACAUUUAAGGCAGGAGAGGUUAGUUCCACUGUCGAGUCAGCGGAGGCACAGUCUCGAUACAAGGCUACAGAACAGUUGGGUAAUGCCAAUCUUAGUGAUUGCAGCAAUGUGUAUGGUAAUUAUAUUAAUCCAACCGAGGAAGACAAGAAGAUGGAAGUUCACAUAACAUCGAAGGAUGAUGGCAUGUACUCCAAAGAUCCAAUGAUGAGUAGAAGCUCCAGUUCAGAUAAUUGCUCUUCAUGUCUCAGUGAAGGAGAUAGCAAUACAGCGUCUUCAAACAGCGGAAACACUGAAUCCUCCCCAAUGUCUGACUUGGAAGAUGCCAGUCAGCACGUUGAAGGAAGAGAGUCUCUAGUGGAUGUUGAAAACCAUAUGCAGGAUUGUCAAGAGAAGAUAAUAGAGAAAGAGACAGAGACAGAGAAGAGUAUUGAUGAAAGAGACCUUAAGAAAAUGUCUAAUCAUCCAGCUGAAAACGGGGAAAGUAAAUUAACGGGAACUCCUUGUACGGUUCUUAGCCAAAGCAUGGACAAUACAGGGGCCUUUGUUAGUACUGGUUCCUACCUGUCCCAGCCACAAAGCAUGAUGUUUCCCCAAAUGGUUAACCAGAGUAUACCUUUGCCUCUCUUCCAGGCUCCUUCAACAAUGGGUUACUACCAUCAAGCUCCAGUCUCUUGGUCUGGAGCUCCAGGCAAUGGAUUGAUGCCAUUCCCUCAUCCUAAUCAUUAUGUAUACACAGGUCCUCUUGGAUACAGUCUAAGUGGAGAGUCCCCGUUAUGCGUCCAGUAUGGGACUCCAUUGAACCAUUCAGCAACCCCUUUCUUCAACUCCGGGCCAGCUCCAGUUUAUUAUCCGUUCGUGGACCAAGUUCAAACUCUUGAACCAUUGGAAAACAGAGCAGCCGAUGAAAAGAAGAUAAACAAAGUUUAUCCAGUGGAAACUCCAAGCAGCAGAGGUCCGGAUACUGAUAGUGGCGAAGACUUCUCCUUGUUCCACUUCAGUGGGCCAGUUGGUCUGUCUACAGGAAGUAAGUCGAAUCCUGCUCAUUCCAGAGAUGGGGUGUCGGGGGACUUCUCCUUGAAGUUGUCAGGAGAUCAUGUCUUUGGUGACAAUAAUAAGAAGAAGAAAGAGAGCACACUAGGUGAAGAGUACAACUUGUUUGCCAAAAGUAACAUCUUGAGGUUUUCUAUCUUCUAAAAGGUUUUUUUUAUACUGUUUACUGGAAAAGAUUUAUACAGUUGGUUUUCAGACUGUUUGGUGUUAAUGGAGGAUUGCAAUCCUUGUUAUUUCAUUUCAUGUAGAGAUCUCUGCAAGAGUUUUUUCUUUUUCUUUUCGAAA